AUGGCGCAAUCACCUUGCCCAACACGGCAAUACACGUCUGAAAACUUUAUCGAGAGCUGCGGCGCCAUUGUCCACGAUGCCACUCGCCAGAAGAUCUGCCUCAUCCACCUCACUCAAUCGAACAUGUGGGCACUACCAAAAGGGCGGCGAAACGUUGGGGAACCGCAUCAAGAAGCGGCACUUCGCGAAGUGUACGAAGAGACUGGGUACAAAUGUCAGAUCUUGCCUGUGGAUAUCGUUGCUAGAACACCCGUUGCAGGUGAUGCAGCGGAUGCUCCUGAUGUGCCGCGCGUAUUGCGCAGUUCUGUAGAACCUUUUAUGGUUACUGUCCGGAAUGUGAGAGAGGAUCAAGGGGUCAAGAUUAUUUGGUGGUAUAUCGCGAUAAUGGACGAAUGCGCUUGUGAAACGAGGGGGCUUGGUGAAGAGGGUGUUGAGACAGGCUUGUACUCUUAUGCUGAGGCUGAAGAACUGCUGUUUUAUGAAACGGACCGAGAAGUCUUGCGCAAGGCGAAGUUACUUGUUGCCAAUUAG